GUUCAAGAACGUGCCACCCUUCAAAUCCAGACACGUUAGCCUUUUCAUUAACUUCCUUUGCAUUUUCUCAUCGACUUAUAAAGUUUCAAUUUUGGGAUCAGCUGUUUUGACGUUGUGAUGUAAAUAUGACUAUUCCAGCUGUUUGAUUUAGGAUUUUUAUUGAGUCAAGUGUAGUUAUUUUUUGAUUUAUAAGUAUAAUUUUAAAUCCAACCCGGAUAUGAUGGUUUUUUAUUUUAUACGGUAACGUAAUGAAAACGGAUCAACCCUUCAAUUUUUGACGAUGACUCGAUGAUCACCGAAUUUCAAACAUGCCCUUAAAUAAAGUCGUUCAAAUACCACUACUAAACUCACCACCUCUUUCCGUCAGUUUGUUCCACUUCCAGAGAUGGCUUGUGGUAGCACCGUUGCCUUUCUCGCUACUGUUUUUCUUCUUCAAUCUGCAGUUGCAAGAAGUGAUUUUUUAUCUCCACUUCUCUCUCCCAUCUUUGAUGAUGUUUGCAAAAAGAUAGAAUGUGGAAGAGGAACUUGCAAGCCAUCCAAAAAUAGCACUUUCUUUUAUGAAUGUGAAUGUGAUGCUGGGUGGAAGCAGACUCGCUCUCAACUUGAUGAUAAUCUCAAGUUUCUUCCUUGCAUAAUCCCCAACUGUACCAUGGAUUACUCGUGCGAGGCAGCACCCUCACCUGUUCAAGAUAAAACGAGUAAAGUUAAUGCAUCAGUUUUUGAGCCCUGCUUCUGGACUGACUGUGGAGGUGGUUCCUGUAACAAGACAUCUAUGUUCUCUUAUAAUUGUGAAUGUAAGGAAGGUUACUAUAACCUUCUAAACAUGUCUGCCUUUCCAUGCUUCAGAGAAUGUUCAAUUGGAAUGGAUUGCACAAAUCUUGGAAUUUUAACUCCAAACAAAUCAGCUCCUUCAUCAUCUGUAUCUAAUGAGAACAGUCAGAAUCAAGCUACUUCAGGUUUACAAGUUAGUCUCCAUUGGUUGAUCAUCUUGAUGAUGUCUCUGGCUGUGUUUCAGUGGAAGUAGAGUUGUAGUGUUGCUUUCUUUUCAGUUAGAUUGUUUUAAUUUAAAAUUUUGAUGUUAAAUUAUUACAUUUCUUUGUCUAUAAUUAUAUUCUAUAAUGCCUUAGAAUGAACAAGGAUUAGGGGAGUGUAGCUUCUAAAUCCAUUAUACAGAGACAUAUGUAUACAGAACAUUAAACCACUUUAUUAUGUUUAUUUCUUUACUUGUUUAUGUAUAAAUAAUAUUUCAUUUAGAUGUCAAA